AUGGGCGUACAGCAUGCAGAGCUCGCGGGGGUCGCUGACCUCGGAACCAAUGCAAGACUCCUGAUAAAACGAAGCUUCAAGGACCACGAUCCGAGGUAUGGCAACGGGUCAAUGAGCUGUACUACUUAUGACACGGCCUGGGUGUCACUGGUCACAAAGACCGUCGGAGAGCAGAAACAUUGGCUGUUCCCUGAAUGCUUCCGCUCCCUUCUGCGCACCCAGUCUGACGAUGGCGGCUGGCGGAGAGAAACAACUUCCCAGGUUGACUGCAUCGUGAAUACAGCAGCGGCACUGCUUUCCCUCAAAAGGCAUGCAGUAGAACCCCUGCAACUCCGGGAGGAAAUCCACCCAGACGACCUCGAAAGACGAAUUGACCGAGCAGCCAUAUUGCUGCGCUCGCAGCUCGAGGAAUGGCGUGUAUCAGAAACGAUGCACGUCGGGUUCGAAAUCAUUGUCCCAAAGCUCCUCACGCUGUUGGAGGAGGCAGAUGCGAAAUUCAGCUUUUGCUUCGAGGGCAGAGAUGAGCUGGUGAAGAUUAAUGCCGCUAAGUUAGCCCGGUUCAAACCCGAGGCCUUGUAUGGCACAGUAAAGAUGACACCGCUGCACUCGCUCGAAGCAUUCGUUGGCGAAAUCGAUUUUGACAGGGUCGCCCAUCAUAAAGUGGUCGGCUCCAUGAUGGGCUCACCCUCCUCCACCGCCGCAUACCUGAUGAACUCGACCAAUUGGGACGACGAAGCCGAGAGCUAUCUUCGCCAUGUCAUCCAUUCCGCGGCAGGGAAGGGGAGUGGCGCAGUACCGAGCGCCUUUCCCUCGACCUACUUUGAAUAUACCUGGAUAUUGUCAACCUUGCUCGAAGCCGGGUUUUCCGCUUCAGACCUGAGAUGCCCAGAGCUGGAGCAGAUUUACGAGAUACUUACCCGUGCAUUCAGUAACGGAGAUGGGACAAUUGGUUACGGUAGCUAUCAGCAGCCCGCACUCCAUCUUUCCACAGGUAUCAAUUACAUUUCUCCCGAUUUUCAGUCUGAUAUGGAUGACACAGCUAGAGGCAUGAUUGCCCUGAAUCUACUCGGCGGUGCAGUACGGCCUGAACCAAUGAUCAAGGCAUUUGAGGCAGCCACUCACUUCCGGACCUACCAAUGCGAAAGAAACCCCAGCUUCAGCGCCAACUGCAAUGCCCUGCUUACCAUUCUCCAUCAGCCUGAUAUUUCCCUCUAUACCCCACAGAUUCUAAAGGUGGUGAACUUCUUAUGCGACUCCUGGUGGAAUACUGACGGGGCAAUAGCGGAUAAAUGGAGCCUGAGCCCUCUAUAUCCGUCUGUUUUGCUCGUCAAGUCUUUAGUUAGACUGUUAGCUCUAGCAGAACAGGGAGACAGCUCUCCUGAGCAGUUACUUCGACGAGACCUAGCAUCAAGGGCUGCCAUCACACUCUUCCAGGCCUGUCUGAGGGCAAUGCUCAGUCAGCAUGAGGACGGAUCGUGGAAUGGCUCAACCGAACAGACAGCAUAUGGAGUCCUCAUACUAACCGAGGCCAGGACAUUGUGCUUCCUGGACGAUAUUAGAGAUUCCCUAGACUCUGCAAUCGGGCGCGGCGUGAGUUUCUUGCAAGCCAACCGUGGAAGCCAGGUCGGAAAUUUCAUCUGGAUCGAGAAGGUCACUUACGCCUCUCCCAUGCUGGCUGAAGCGUAUGAAUUGGCAGCCAUCAAAGCAGCUACUUCGUUGUCCUCCAGCACCUCAUCUGUUGGGGGCAGCCUCUGGUACAUUUCAACGGAAAACACAACAAAACUUAUAGAGCUGUUCCAGCAGACACCCCUUUUUACCUCCCUUCCAGAAUGGCAGAUCCGCGCCUCGAUGACCGAGGCCAGGCUUUUCCAGCCUUUACUCCAAGCACGCAGGUUAGAGGUAUUUCCCCGCAAGGACAUGGAAAAGGACAAGUAUUUCGAAAUCAUCCCUUUUACCUGGACAGCUUGUAACAAUCGUAAUCGUGCAUUCGCCUCUACUUCAUUCCUGUAUGAUAUGAUGAUCAUUUCAUUCUUGAACUACCAGGCCGACGAAUUUCUCGAAGCGGUGGCAGGCCCUCAUUAUACCGGCCGUACUCCCGAGCUCCGUCGAGUGAUUGAUACCCUAUUUGCCGGCAAGAGUUCCAACAGUGAAUUGUCGCGGGGCGUUAAACGGCCAUACCCGGAAGAAGACGAAGAGCACAGUAAUGGUAACAAUGGCAAACCACAGAACAAUCGUGAGGUAGUUGUGCCGCUGACCAAGUUCACGACAUUCGUCCUUAACCACCCGUCAGUCAAGUCGGCCAGCGCCUGGGACCGCAACGGGCUGCGUCGGCGCCUGAAGGAAUUCCUCUUGGCCCACGUAACGCAGAUAGAAGACAACGCCAGAUUCCAGCUCGAGCACCCCUCUAGCGGAGGGGCUUACAGCACGGCCACAGACAGUUUUUCCCACUGGGUGCGCACCACCUCAGCAGAACAUACUUCAUGCCCGUAUUCUUUUCAGUUUGUGAGCUGCCUGUUGGGCGCUUCGCUCGGGCAGGGGAAAGAUUGCUUUGGAACUGCGGAAGAGAAGUACAUGGCCGCAUCCGUCUGCAAGCACCUGUCUACUAUGUGUCGCAUGUACAACGAUUACGGGUCCGUAGCCCGUGACAAGGCAGAGGGAAACGUCAACUCGGUCAACUUUCCGGAAUUGCAGAUGUUAGCGGGAUCGACGGGCCCGGCCACGAUGGAGGAAAAGAAAAAGGCCCUGUUCAGGCUGGCGGAGUACGAGCGCAGUUGUCUGGAUGAUGCUUUCAAAAGGCUUCAGGAGGAAGGGCAGCGAGCAACUAGCCAUAUGGCGCGGAAGCUUCAUGAGCGGAAGAUGGAGGUAUGGCGUAUGUUUUGUGAUGUGACUGAUUUAUACGGCCAGAUAUAUGUGGUGCGUGAUAUUGCGAGUCGAAUGAAGGUUCCGGCGGUAAACGGAAAGAAGUGA